GCCGACUCCCUCAACCGGCUUCACUUCAAAGUUGACGGGAUGGAUGGCUACCUUGAGCGGCUCGACGAGGCUGUUCAACGCCAAGGGCACGCCAUGAACGCAUACUUCCAACGCGUUAACUACGUCCCCCCACCGUACCAUGGCACGUUCUUUGGGCAAGUGUACGGUGACGAGGACGAAGAGGAUGGCUCCUACGCCGUGGACGGUGAUGAGAUGGACGUCGACGACGACGAGGAGGAAACCGAAGACGAAGACUAGGCCGCCCCUAGAAUUUCUAUCUCUUUUACCUUAAUUAUCUUCUUUUUUAAUGCUUCCGUUGUACUCCGCUAUUUCCUUUAAUAAAUAAAAUUAUCUUUUAUCUUUUUGUUAAUGUCAAAAGGGGGAAGAAAAGGGCUAUGCAUAUACUAAGGGGGAACGCCUCUAUAAACGAGACCGUUUGAUUUUAAUCCAACUAAAUUUUUUUUAAGCACAAACUAAAGGGGAAUUUUUUUUUCACAACCCUUUUGAAAAACAAAUAUCCCUAGUAUGCAUAUCCCUGUCUUGUUUUCCAUUAUCAAAAAGGGGGAAAUUGUUGGAACACAAGUUUACGCCUACGUUGUACUAAACUGUGUUCGUUUCUAUGACAGAGCUUGCAUGAAUGUAGACAAUUGACGGAGGGAGAGAUACAACUAAAAGUCGGCAAUGGCGCACUCGUCUAUGCAUUGGCCGUCGGAACCUAUAGUUUAUCUCUACCUAGUGGUCUUAUAUUGCAUUUGAAUAAUUGUCUGUUUGUACCUAGUAUGAGCAGAAACAUCAUUUCUGUACCCUGCCUUGACAAAGCAGGAUUUUCGUUCGUUGUAAAAGACAAAACUCUUUCUGUCUUUAGAAAUGAUAUAUUUUAUGCAAGUGCAAAAAUGACGAACGGUCUCUAUGUCCUUGACAUGGAUACCGCAGUAUAACGUAGAUGUUAAGAGAAACAAACCCAACAAUUUAAAUCUCGCGUACCUUUGGCAUUGUCGUUUGGGCCACAUUAACGAGAAACGCAUAUCUAAGUUACAUUGUUCUGGUGUACUUGAUUCAUUUGACUUCCAGUCAUAUGAUGUAUGUAAAUCUUGUUUACUUGGUAAAAUGACAAAGGCUCCAUUCACCGGUCACGGUGAAAGGGCGAGUGACUUAUUGGGCCUCAUA